AUGCAUUUGGAUUCCGUGGGAGCUAAAGAUCGAUACAAGGAUGGAACAAGGGCUUGAGCGAGAACCCAGGCGAAUAAGGGAGGGAUACUUAGUGAAGAAGGGUAGCAUGUUUAACAGCUGGAAACCAAUGUGGGUAGUGCUGUCAGAAGAUGCAAUUGAAUUCUUCAAGAAGAAGACUGACAACAGUCCUAAAGGAAUGAUUCCUCUAAAGGGAAGCACCCUGACGAGCCCCUGCCAGGAUUUUGGUAAAAGAAUGUUUGUCAUCAAACUCACAACUACCAAACAACAAGAUCACUUCUUCCAAGCUUCUCACCUUGAAGAGAGAGAUGCCUGGGUAAAAGACAUCCGAAAGGCCAUUAAAUGCAUCUUAGGAGGACAAAGGUUUUCCAGGAAAUCUACAAGGAAGUCUAUCAAGCUUCCUACAACAAUUAAUCUGAGUGCUGUAUAUCUCUCGAUGAAAGACCCUGACAAAGGGAUACGAGAAGAAACUCUGGAAAAAGACAAGAAAAUUUAUAAUCAUUGUUUUACAGGUACUACCGUCAUUGACUGGCUGCUGUCGAACAAUUCCACCCGAAACCGCCAAGAGGGUCUCGUGCUGGCAUCUGCCCUGUUGAACGAAGGCUAUUUUCAGCCCGCUGGGGAUAUAUCCAAGAAUGCAGCAGAAGGCUUGUCGGAAACUUCCUUCCUCGACCAUGAGGAUGCCUUUUAUUACUUCGCAGACAGUGGCUUUUUCUGUGAAGGAAAUUCCAGUGAUGAUGAUGGAGUCUUCAAGGAAGAGUUCAGAGGCAUAGUGGUCAAACAGGGAUGUCUACUGAAACAGGGGCACCGGAGAAAAAACUGGAAAGUCCGGAAGUUUGUGCUCAGAGAGGACCCUGCCUACGUGCACUACUACGAUCCUGCUGGGGGAGAGGAGCCACUUGGAGCUAUUCACUUAAGAGGUUGUGUGGUAACUGCAGUGGAAGAUACACCAGAUGGCAAGAAAAAUGAAGUGGGAGGGAACUUGUUUGAAAUCAUUACUGCAAACGAGGUGCACUUCAUCCUGCAGGCGGCCACGGCUGCAGAACGCACAGAAUGGAUCAAGGCCAUUCAGACUGUCUCCAGGACUGGAAAAUGAAAAUGAUGGAUCGUGGCACAGCAGUGGACAACUAGUGGUCCUCCGCAUGGCAAUGCUGGCUCAAGCUGAUCGGAGUUGCAGUCCAGCAACAUCUGGAGAGACCCUGGUGGCCCACAUCCCAUGCAGCAAAAGGAAGUGUUUUAUGUUCCCAGGGAUUUUUCACCAGGCAGCUCUUUGUAACUUUGCUUAUAUACAUGAAUAUCAGGGUGGGUGGAAUCUUUCUUUGGGAAUAUUUAUCAUGCUUGUCUCCUAACGACCAUCUGUAACUGCCCAUUAUCUAAAAUAGAAUAAUUUAGUAUAAUCAAUCUGUGAUGCACACAUUUCUUACUUCUUACCACUUAGAUAAGGGGAGCUGCUUUGAGGCAGAAGCAUGAAUAAGCGUUAGGCCAGGCUUAUGAUUUCUGUAUAUGAUGGUAGUGAACAAAUGUUUGGUUUCUAAAAGUUGUCUUGUAUUUGUAUCGACUAUCCUCAUCUUCAGGCACUUCAUAUUCACCUGUAAAAGACCCUACUCAAAUAAACAGAGUUCUGUUUGUGCCAAAA